AUUCACAGGCUGCUGAAAGUGAAAUGUGGGUGUGUCUAUGCAAAUAAAUGUAUCUUGUCAGCAUAAAAUGCAGAGAUUUGCCAUUGAGUUCAGUGUGCGCUGUUUAGUGACAGGAUGGCAACCAAAAUGGGUCCUGCACUUGCAGCGAUAAUUUUUCUUGCAUCGUGUGCUGCAACCUUUGAAGAAGAGAUCGCCAAUAUCCAUAUGUUAGAUGAGAAGUCCAGAAUCAGCAGAUCCAAUGCAAAGAAAACAUAUGCAUAUCCCAAGGAUUGCAGUGGUGUUCGAGGAAGCAGUGGGAUUUACGUGAUCAAGCCAAGUCUAUCUCCCCCUAUUGUGGUUUAUUGUGACAUGACUACAAAUGGUGGUGGAUGGACUAUGAUACAAAGGAACACCCAAGGCUCUAAAAUUACCUGGAAUGAAUAUUGGACUGCUUAUAAGUACGGAUUUGGUGAUAUUCUACAGGACCACUGGUUGGGAAAUGAACAUAUAUAUAAUAUUAUAAAUCAGGGGCAUUUUGAAAUAAUAUUCAUAUUGAAGAGAUCAUCCAAAACUUAUCAUGCUAAUUAUAAUUCGUUUUCUAUAGGGAAUGAAGCAAAUGGGUACCAAUUGCGUCUUGGUUCAUUUUCAGGAAAUACAACCAAUGCUAUGAUGCAAUAUGGAAGCAAAUACAUACAUGAUAAUAUGAAGUUUACAACAAUUGACCGAGAUCAGGAUCUGUAUUCGUCAAACUGUGCAGCGUCAUGCAAGGGGGGCUUUUGGUUCAAUAGCUGUUACAGGGUUAACAUUAAUUCAAAAGCAAUUUACUGGUAUGGCCUUGGAACGUGCAAACUUACUGAGAUGUUGAUCAAACCAACAAACUUGUGUAAGAGACCAAUUAAAUGAUUUAGUUCAGUGUUGGGAACUACCAUUCAGGUUCAACGCGGCAAACUGUCUGCGAGUCUGCAUAUCACAAAUCUAUCUUGAUACUUUCUGUUUUGAAAGCAUUUCUAGCUUAUCUACAGCAAUGCAAAUGUUUAAGCCUAGAUAUUUUUUCUGUAUUGCGUCUUUACCUUAACUUUCUGCUUUGGGGAAGAUUUCCAAUUCUGGGAACUGAAUUUGUCAGCAGAAUAAACAACUGUGCAGGCUUGUGAAUAUUCACUGCAACACUCAAAGAUUGAAAAGCGCCAAAUGAAAUUUGGUUAAAAGGGUUAUUUUAACUGUGUGUAUCUUAAUUUCCUCACUGCAUUUAUACCAAUAUACAAAUGUAAUCAAUGAACAACAUCGUUUAGUGACAUUUGGUUGCCAGUGAUUAUCUUUAUCAGCCUGAAUAUGAAUCACAGGCAAUGGCCAGAUUCUUUAUUGAAAAUCAAAUAAGAUGUGAAAAUUUAAUAAAAGUCCUUUUAACAAAA